GGAGGGAGGCACUUAUGUCUGUGCGUGCUUAGUGAAACUGGGCUCGGCGAGGAGAGAGGCUGUUUGGGAACGGUAGAAAGUCGCACAUCGAGGUUGAUAGAUGCGGUAGGAGAAGGAAUGUGAGGAGGGGGAACAAAGAGAAUUUUGUAGUUGUCUGGCGGCGGGCAUAUCAUCUGGAGCGGACGGAAGAGACAAGAAACUAUCAGUUUUCGUUUUUUCCCCCUACUAUGGGCGAAACAUGCACCGCAGACGAGCGUUUUGUCUUCAGGCUGCAGGAGGGAGGAGGAGCUGUGGCGGCGGGACCGGUAGUUGAAGAGGCGGCUGGCGAUGGCCGGGAAAGGAACGAUGAAGCCCAGGUGGAAGCAGGUGAAGACGAUGAGAGCAGCAGCGUGUUUGCGGACGCCUCCUCUUCUGCCAGCGGGUCAAGUUGCGCGCUUGGGGAGGAGACAGUGGAAUCAAGCGGCGUCGUGAGCGACGAAGAUCGAACGGCAGGAAGCAUUUGUGCCCUGGUUGCGCAGGGGAAAAAGCGGUGUACUCCUCUUCUGCAUGAAGCCUCUUACGUGUCGUUAUCUGAGAACGACAUCUGGGACAGACAGAUCGGGCUGUGCUCGGCCGCGGCAUCCGUUCUCGGCAUCAGUCAGGACGCCGCCGGCAUUCUCCUGCGAAGUUUCGGCUUCGAUUUCGACAAGCUGGUUGGUCGUUGGGUUCAAGACGAAGACGGUGUGCGGCAUUUGACAGGCCUGACGAGGGAGCAUUGGCCGGAGUGUGGGAAAAGAGCGGUGUGUUGCACAGUGUAUGAUGCGCGUAGGAGAGGGAGGAGGAGGAAGGGUGGAGGGGGAGGGGGAGGAGGAGGGAGACCCGAGAGUCCUGUGUCUCACCGGUCCCCCUCACCACCAUCCUCCUACGCAAUCAUGCUGACCUUACCGGGCGAUAUGCAGGAGGAAGAAGAGGUGACCACGGCGAUGGCGGCGGCGGCGGCAACGGCGAUGGCGGCGUCGGACGCUCGACAGUGUCGGCGUUGUGCUGUAAACGUCUUUCUCUCGACGGACUUGCGGAUCCUUCGAUGCGGCCAUGGCUUCUGCAGUCAUUGCUGGUCCGUCAGCGUCCACGAGGCCAUAGCCAAGCAAGCUGUCAUGCGCUGUCCUCUUCCCCACUGCGAUACUGCGGUUGGCGACAGCGACGUUCUUGCCGCCGCUUGCGACGAAGCCGAUUUCGCUGUGUUUCGCCGCCAAGCAGCCUGGCAUUACCUCAGAGGAUCGGCGACGGUGAAGCCUUGCCCCGCCGACAGCUGCUCCUACGCCGUCGAGCUUGUCGCCGAAGGGCCGAAUGGAACGAUGGAUGUGUCGUGCGGAGGAUGCGGACAUAGGUUCUGCUGGAGCUGUUUGCACGAAUCCCACCGCCCGGCGCGGUGUGACCAAGUGGGAGAGUGGGAGAGGAUGCUGGAGGCGGAGGCGAAGAAAUUGUCGCCUUCAGCCCGGCGGGAUCCCGAACCAUCCUCAGUCAUGCAACCAGCGGGCGGUAAAUGGAUCGAGAAGGAUGUAGAUAGAGAUAGAGAGAGAGAGAGAGAGAGAGAAAGAGAGAGAGAGAGAGAUAGAGAUAGAGGAGGGAAAACUCCAGGGAGAUCGUCUUGGAAAAGGUGGCGGAUUAACCUCCAACGGAAAGGGCUAUGCACGCCAGGGGGGGGGUACAAGUUGCACCGGACUGAAGAAGCGGGAAAGGACAAAGUGGACAAAGUGGACAAAGUGGACAAAGUGAAAGCGUCCGCAUUUCGAUUCCCUAAACGCUCCGCCGCGGCGCUGUCAUGUAUGUGUGGCGCGUUCAAUCCGGAUACUAGCGACAACGAGAGCUCAGAGGAGGAGGAGGAGGAGGACCUCGCGGGGGAGUGGGGCGCGGGUAAUGGCACGGCGACUCGGAAGGAGAGGUAUAGAGUAAUAGAAAGAAGACGAAAGAAGAAGAGAGGCGGAGGAGGCGCGGAAUGGCGGCGGAUGAAAUGCUUGUCGUCGGUAGUAUCGAGAGGUUUCUCUUGCGCGGUCCCCUUCGAGCGGAUGGACCAAGGGGACCAUCGCCACCGACCGUGGAGGAGGUGGGAUUACCCCCGCCAUCAUCAUCAUCAUUAUCCUUAUCAUUAUCAGGCUACGAAUCAUCCUGCCGAUGAUGAUGAUGAUUACGUGGGUUUGUCUGCAUUCGUCAGCUCGCCCGCGUCCAUGUCAGCCGUGGCAGCGAUGAAGCAAAACGCCGCGCGCGGAGGAGGCGCAGGAGGCGGAGGCGCGGGGAAGUCGUCCUCCGCCGCUUCCGAUCGAUUCAUGAUGUUUGCGGAACGCUGGGCAGAGCAGGAAUGGUCCCAAGCCGGGGUGGUAUGGGACCUCAAGCGGUUCAUUGCCGAGGACAUUGUGAUUCUCUCAAGGGAGGGAGGGCUUCCUCUGUCUUACCUAGAACUUGUCGAACAAGCCAUCUGGUUGGUGAUCGAAUGUCGCCGGGUACUCAAAUGGACCUGGGUGCAUCAGUUUUUUCUCGGCGUUGCCGAUACUGAGGCGGGAGGCAGCAAUAGAUCAUCAUCAUCAGCAGCAGCAGCACAGCAAUGCGCGGCGAAUGAUGAUGACAAUUUGAAUGUCGACUAUGAGGUCAAUAGCAGCGGUAGUAGUGGGAGCAAUGGGAGUAAUAGGCAAGGGGGGAGUAGGAGGAGCGCGUUUCUAUCGUAUUUGCAGGCGGAAGCAGAGUCGAAGCUGAACAGGCUUCACAGAAGUGCUGCCAGGGAACUUAGGCGACUUUUAAAAGACUGGGAGGAUGAUGGCCAGUUAACCGAGCACUCGCUAGAAUCGAUUACAGAUUUCCAGUCUCGACUGGUUGAGCUCUGCCGGUGUAUUCGGGACUACUUCGAGAACCUCGUUGUGGGGCUGGAAAGCGAUUCUCCCACGGAGGACGUCACGCUUGGCCAUGCACGAGGAGAAGAGGAUUCCGAACAACAGCGAAGGUUCUGGGACUCCCCAGAUCGGUAAUAACCAAGAGCUAAUCACUGGUUACUCUUUUUAACAGUGAUUUAACUCAUGAUUAUGAUCAUGUUCUUGGACUAUUCAGUCAUUGUAGCUCUCUGACGACCAAUAGUCUUCGACGUACAGAGAUUCUUAUGGACGAAUAAGUGUGCUCCUCCGAGGGAGGGAGGGAGGGAGGGAGGGAGGGAGGGAGGGAUCAAUCUACACUUAUCUUCAGCGAUUGAUGAAUGAUGGGUGCAAGGAAAGGACGCGUCCGACCCGCACUAGUUUACUCCGACGGGGGUCCUAUUGUACACGACUACUCUACGUAGUAGACUAUGUAUGGAUGAACCAAUGAAUAAGGCUUUAGCGU